CCCGCCUUUUUUUUUUUUACCUAUGUCAAGUUAAUUUAACUAUAUUUUAUUCUUUCGACUAAUUUAAAAAUUAAAUUACUAGGCAUUUUACACUUAUCAAUUGAAUCAACUAAUACUGUCAACUCGUCUUCUGAAUAUCUAAUGCAUACGGUUAAAUAAAAACUAAUAAAAGAUGCACGAAAAUCUUGGAUAAGUAUUGUCCUGCACGAAUGUGUCCAAUAAGAUGCAAGUACGAAGUACCAAUUUGCAUAUAAAUAAAUAAACAAUGGUAACAUUAUAAAUGUUUAUUGGUAACAACUAACGGAUCGAGGAAACCACAACUGGUAAGUACAAUAUGUAGUGAAAAUAAAUACCAAAUAACUGUACUGCUAAUAAUAAUGAACAGGCAACGAUAAUUAUAUAUCAUUGGAAAUUUUUCAAUUGAAGUAUUUCGAAAUUGAAAAUUUCACUCUUCUUGAAAUAUUUCAAUCAGAUUAUGAAAAUCAUAUAUUUUUUCUCUUAGGCGUAUUUUGUUGUAUAGACGAUUAGAAAUUGUUAUUGAUUACACACAGAACAUCUAUAUUGAUAAUGAAUGACCUACGAACCAAGGUUUACGAUUAUUAUUAUGAUAAUUGGUUAUAAAUUACGUGUAAAUGAUACAAUUGCUGAUGUUGAUGGUCAUAGUACAAUAGAAGUCCGAUCAUCCGAACGCCAAUCAGCUGGACGUCCAAUUAAUCGGACGAGAAAAAAAAACGGUGCGGGCCGUUAUUCAUGUACAUUAAAAAUUCUGAAGCUUUUGGUGCAUUGGAUUUGGCGUUUAAAUGGUCCGAGAGGCAAGAAGAAUCGAACACCUGCAGUAACUAACGAUUAUUUUGUUUCGGUUAAAUAUAUAAUGAAAUCAUUUGUUUAUGGUUACGAAUUUUAAACUAUAUUACAUAUUAUAUGUGAAUAAUAAAUACAUACGUACAAUAUAUUCGUACAAUUAUAUGACUUUUGAUAUGUCGUACGUCAAUCAUCCGGAUAUUUGCUUAUCCGGACCACCCUUGACAUUAAGUCCGGAUAAUCGGAGUUUCUGUCCGUACUACUUGUGAAAAAUGACCAAAAAUAAACAAAAAAAAAAAUGAACGUUCAAUUUAGCAUAUAGCUGCAAAAAUAUUGCCCAACAUUUACUUCUAAAUCAUUAUAAAUGAUAACUGAUUAACUGUAGUGAUGACGAAUUUAUUUGGCUCGUGGCGAGAGUCGCGUGCAAACAAAUCAAAAACAAUAUUGCAUAAGUAUUGCCCGUGUGUAUCGUUGUAAGAUGUGAGUACCAAUUAUCAUACAAAUAAGUAAAUAAUGGUAACGAAAUUUAAGCUUGUAAAACUUAUGAAGAAUUAUUAUGGUACAGUUCCGUUGCGUAUUCCAUUGCAUUGCGUUUGCUGUUCGUCGAUUUUAUAAUAUUAUUCGUAUUUACAUUUAAAAUGCCGAAAUCCGGGCAGUUUGUGACUAGCGUAUAACCCCAACAUUUUUGGUGAGCAUAGAGAAAAUGUAUUUUCGAGCGACGGGUCGGUCUUUUAUUGUGAAUUAUGUGACAUUUCAGUAUCUGCAGAUCGAAAAUAUAUCGUUAAAAACGAGGAGAGCAAUUUUUCUGUUUAUUUGAACUCGGUGUAUUCUAAUGAGAGAUGUUUCGAGUUUGAUAACCCAAAAAAAUCAUUUACCGCUGAAUCGCAAUUAUAAUAUACAUAUAUUGAUUGCAAGGAUCCUGAAACACCGGAUAAAAAUCAGUUUAAUUGGAAUUUUUAUUUUGUAAUAUAUUAUUUUUAACUGU